AUGCCUCUUCCACAAACCCUAGGGGUGCUGCGCAGCCUCGCGCCUAAGCAUGGCGCCAAUAUGGAACAGAUCCUUCCAUCAAAGCAAUGCCCAGAGGCCGCUGAGUUUUGCUUUUGCCUAGGCCAGCUGCUCGCCCGUUUUGAUGGCUUGAGGCUGACAAGCCCAGCUGAGUUGAGUCCGAGACUGUCCAGCUCCCCCCAAACUGAAUUGAAGACUGCACCUUUGUGUGGACGACUCUCUGACAAUCAAUUCGCAGAGAGUCCGAAACCACUGAGCCUCGUCUUCUUCAUCCUACGGAUACUAGCCCAGCAAAUUACUAGCCCCAAACUUGGGGGUCUCAAAGUCCCUCGACCUCUGAGCUGUCACCGUUCUCACUCCCCGCCGUCAGCAAAGUUCUACCUACAACAGCACUCUCAGCCGCAGCCCUCCGUCAGCACUAAGCCCAAUUCCAGUUGA